CACAGUAAAAGUGACGCAGUGUAUAUUGUAUAUGGUUAUACUGUUUGAAAGCACAUAUUAGCUAUUUAAAAUUAAUAAUUAUGUUUGCAAUCUCGGUUGUUUUAUCCGUCAGUUUGAGUUCUAUAUUUGCAGAUGCAUUUCUUUCAAGUAAUUAUGAAGGAAAUCCUAGGUUUGUACCUCAACCAGAACCAUCGACGACACAAGGAGUUCAAUAUUAUGUUCCAAACAUGCCACAGUCAUCAAUGGAAGGAAACCAACCCAUUUAUCCAUUGCCGCAACAGUCAAUGAUGCAACUACCAAUGGUGCAAGGAUUCCAAUCUCCAUUUUCGAUGAAUCUCACAAAUCAGCAACAAUUGUCUCUAUUGAUGAUAUCAAUGUAUGCUAAAAUGAUGGCAUUAACUCAACUCAUGAACAUGCAAAACAGAUAUCAACUUUAUCAACCUAAUCAAUAUUAUGGUGCCGUAAAUAAUUAUGGGCCAACUCCAGCUCCACUGCCAUAUGUUCAACAACCUCAAGUAGAUCUACAAAACAAUUUGCAAAAUGAAAUGUUGCAACAACAACAACAAGCAGAAUCUCAGCAAAAGGAAAUUUUAGAACAGCGGAGAGUACAACGUGAAUAUGACAUGGAAGUUGAAAGACGCGGAGCCCUUAUAAAAAGACAAGCGGAGGAAGAAGAAUUAGAAAAACAACAACAAGUAAUUGAAUAUCAAUUACGGGACGAGGAAGAAAUUAGAAGGGGAAUAGAAGAAGCUGAAAAACAAAUAUUAGAAGAACAACAAAAAGAAAUGGAACAAAAAGAAAAUGAUCUUAAAUUACGCCAAGGAGUAGAACUAAGAUUUCAAAAAAUUAAAGAAGAAAAAAAAAUGAAAAAAAAUCAAGAAAAUCAAGGAAAUCAAGAAAAUAUGAAAUCAAAAGUGAGAUUAACCAAAAAACAACGCAAACCAAUAGUUAGUAGCACAAAUUAAAGGAAGAUAUUAUUUUAAAUCCAUAUAGCCAAAAUACUAUCAAAAAAAUUACUAUCAAAAUAAAAAAGACGUUUUUGUAAAGAUAAUUUAUAAAUUAUGAAUACGAAAUGUAAUUUUUAUUUAUAAUAUGGUUGUAUUUGAAACCAUAAAAUAUAAUAUGUAUUAUGAACUAUUAAAAUAAAGUAAAAACUUA